GCUUAAUUUUGCCAAAUAAAAAUAAAGGCCCUACGUCUCUUGGUACAAGGAAACUAAAUCCUCUGCUUGACUCAGAUGAUGAACUUGAGCAAGAUGAUGAGGCCCCUCUUAACUGGGUGGAAGCUUCUCUCAAGGGUAUCAUCCACUGUUCAGAAGGGACAGAACAACAAGAGCAGGUGGUGUACUGCUUUAUAUGAAAGAGGACCUGAAUGCAACCACGAAUGAGGAACUGAACACCAUGGGAUCCUCAGAGUCUGGAUGGUGCAAUAUAAGAAAUCGGCUGGCAACUCAGGACAGCAGAGCUUGCAGAAGCGCUUACUACGAGAAGCGCUGGAGGAAGAUUCUUCUGUGUUUCAGUAUGAUGAGGUAUAUGAUGACAUGCAGACCACCAGAAAUGCUGAAGCAGCUGCAAGGAAACACACAGCAGACAAAAAGCCCAAAUACAUUCACAAUAUCAUCAAACAUGCUGAAAAGCGAAAACUAGAAGAUGAACGACGUACUGAGCGCAAAGUUCAACAAGAGCGGGAGGCAGAAGGUGAUGAAUUUGCAGACAAGGAGUCAUUUGUCACGGCUUCUUACAUAAAGAAGAUGGAAGAGCUGAAGAAGGCUGAAGCAGAGGCCAAUUUAGAAGCGAUGCAAGAAGAACAAAUUGAUGUUAUGAAGCACAAAAAUUUUGGUGCUUUUUAUAAUCAUCUCUUCAAACAAAAAAUGGGGGAUACUGAUAUAAAAAAGGAGCCAGAGAGUGAUGAAGAGGGCAGUAAUGAAGUUGAAAUUAUAAAGAAAAGAGAUGACAUUAAAAGACAGAAACACUACCGCACUCAACGAGACUUAAGCGAAUCACCUGAACGACAAGCAAGACGAAAAUCAAAAGCUUCGAAACAAGACAAAUCGAGCUCAGAAUCUGAGAACGAAGAUAAGGUCGAGUCUUACAGAGAUAGGAGAAGCAAAUACAAAGCUGCUGGGGAGAGAAAGGAAGAAUUAAAGGGAAAAGACAGAGACCGAGAUCGUGAUAGAGGAAGAGAAAAACAUCGCUCUCCAGAUAAAAAGAAAGAUAGGGAUCGAUCUCGAGAAAGAGAAAGAGGAGACAAAUCAAGAGACAGAAAAUACGGAAGAGAGAGAUCCAAAGAUCGGCUUGAUAAAAAUCACAGAGGGAGGGAGAGGUCUCGAUCAAGGGAGAGAGAACGCAGACGUAGCAAAUCCAACAGUCCCCAUUCUAAGCGAGCAGAUGAGAAACAGCGAAGUGAUAGUCGCUCUCGUUCACCUCAAAAACAAUCAAAAAGUCAAGAAAAGUCAAAGCUCAAAGAGGAACCAAAAUCUCCUAACAGAAAAGAUAGAUCCUCUGCAAAGGAGAAUAUAACUGACAAAGAAAAAAAAGAUAAAAGCAGCAGUGAUAAAGUUUCAAGUGAAAAUGCCAAAAAAAUCAAGAAAGAGAGUGAGCUUGAAGAAAAGGAAAAAAGGCUCGAUAGAAUACGCAAACUUUUCACUAAAAGGACUGUUGGAGAAAAGUUUGAACAUGCUCUUCUGCGAUAUUAUCAAAGAAAAUCAGAAAGAGAAUCGCAGGGAUAAUUUUGUGGUAGGAAGUGUAUGAGAGAUCACAUGAAAGAUGUGAGCAAUACUGUAAUUUUGUCAGAAUUUCAAGAGUCAUUGUAAUUCAGAGAGUAUGUGCACUAUUUAAUUCAGUCUGAAUUAUGAACAUUUUGUAUUAAUUUUGUAUAACUUAUGAUGAUCUUUAUAGUCUUGUGCAGUGAUUGAAUUGUUGCAAGUUAUUCAGAAGACUUAGUUAACAGUUUAAUGUCUAAUUUUGUCUAAUUUACAUUAAUUAAAAUAUAAUUACUAAGCCCUGUUUAACAUUGCAUAAUUAAAACUUGCUUCAUUGGUUCAUUAUAGUUCUUGACUUUAUCUGUUGUGAAUCACAAGCACAUUGAUAUGUAUUUCAGAAUAAAGAAGCAAUGGCUA